GUGAGAAAACCCUGUUGCCACCCGGCUUGUUUAGUGUUUCUCCGUCGGCCGUCGAUACCUAUUACCUUCUCUUCCUCUGAGGUGCUUGUUCUCCGAGGCCUCAGGGCCGCCCAGCAUGAAGCAGGCACCAUGGGCUUUCUGGAAAACUACCAGGAGAUCGACCCUGUCACUUUGAACCUCUGCAUCCUCAUUGCCAGCUACGUUAUCUUGCUCCUGGUCUUCCUGAUAUCAUGUAUCAUGUACGACUGCCGGGGCAAAGAUCCAACUAAGGAGUACGCUCCGGACCCGCAGCCGACCCAGUCUCCCAUCAGGCUCGUGGUGAUGCAGAGCUCUCCAGCCCCAGUGGGACGGUGGGACACGGCCAACAUGAUCACAACCUACCACGAGCCAACGCACCCGGACUUCAGGGAGAAGAAGAGCACGAUGGUCUGA